UCUGAAUUUUCUCUCUCUCUCUCCUUCUCCUUCUUUCUCUUCUCUCAGUUCUCCCGGUGCCGAAUGAAGCGGAUAAAACGGAAACCAUCUAAAUAGUGUCCGAGUCUUUAAGUCCAACAGAGACUCUCUCUCUCACGGUUCCCAUUAUAGUUUGCAUUUCUUCUUCGUACGAGUUCUUCCAUGCGUUACAUGCUUCGAUUCUGUGACUCUCUUGGAGGACCAUUGAAGAUGUUGCAGGUCUCCAGUAUGCAUACAGAAGAGGGAAGAUGCUCCUUAAUAUGGAUCACAAAGGCACCUCAUACUGUUUUCUAAAGCUCGGCUGGUAGAAUUGUUACUAUUUGGAACGUUUACCGGAGAAUGGCAGCUGGUCAGCAGAAAAGGCGAUUGAAUGGAGCCAGUGUUGUGAGUACCUAUUUGCAAGAGCAGUAUAAAGCAAGAAAGAGGAAGAAUCUGGAGCCAACACAAAAGAUGAUGAAGAUAAACUCUCAUAUUUUUCUUAAGUGGGAUGAAAAUCAAGUUAAUCCCAUUGCCAGGAGGGAACAGGUUGGGAUAACUUGGAGAGACUUGGAUCCUUUUAUUGAGUCUGCUCCUCAUCGUUAUACACCCUUAGCAGAUGUUCUUUCUCUUCCUCAGGAAACUUUUGAGUUAGAGAAUCUGACAAAUGUGCUUUCGUAUGAGGUUUGGGAGACACAUCUAUCAGAGUUAGAGAGAAAUUUUCUCACUCAGUUUCUUCCUCAAGGGACAGAUCGGGAGCAAGUUGUGCACACCUUGCUUAUGGGGGAAAACUUUCACUUUGGAAAUCCUUUCCUGAAUUGGGGUGCUAUGCUUUGUUCUGGCAAUCUUCACCCAGAUGCUGUUCUUCACCAGGAACGUUGUUUCAGGGCCAAUAAGAGAGCUUACUACUUGGAGUUCCAGAAAUAUCAUGAUGAUAAUCUGGAGAAUCUUCUGAAGUUGAAGGCGAGAUGGACUGACAGAAAGGAUCCAGAAAAGCAUAGUAUUGUUCAGAAGACAUGGAGGAAAGGAUUCGUUAGGGACAUGUGUGGAAAUUCAUUGGCUGUUACAGAGAAACCAAGGGUCAUAGCAAAUUCCAAGAAGAAUCAAAAACUACAUAAGCUUUACAUCCAAUCUGGUGAUGGUGCCAAGUAUAUGUCUUAUUUCAAGAUCAGCAGGAAGCAGCAUCAACUUGUCAAGAGGAUGAAGCAAUCUGGCGAUGGAAUUCAAUCCAAGUCUCUUAAUCGUGUCUUGGGCAACAUCAAGAGUUUCCAUGUACGACCAUACGAAACAUUUGAGGAAGAAGAAAGGAAGAAGUUGCAUGACUUCUGGUUGCUAUUGGCAAUCAGAGAUCUUCCAGCAGCUUUCUUAGACUGGAAAGAGAGACAGUUGAAGCAGCAGCAGUGGAGGUGUUCCUUGAAGCAAGAGCUGCUAGGAAAGAAAAAACAUUUAAUGAAAGAGGAAGAGGAGAAAACUUACUAUGAUAGCAUGGUUGACGAACAAAGAGGAAAUGGAGAAACAGAAAAUGAACAUGCUAUGCAUUGCUCUGAAGAUGAUGAUGUGUCUGUUUCUCAAUCAGCACAGUAUCAGCCUGUGGAACGAAUCCCUUCACUUAACGGUCACGAACUAGAUCCCAUGGAGACGGAGUCUGAAGAGGGCAGUCGAGAAAUUUUGAAACCUGAAGGUGCCCCUCCAAAUCUGUUAGAGUUUUUAGGAAACAUGAAUCCUUCAGAGGAUGCUGUUUUGCGUGAAGUUGAGGUGUCUUCUGCUAAAGUAUGGCCAGUGGUUGGCCCUUCAGAUUUGCACUGCCACACUAAUUCCGUGAGCCAUGGAUAUCCAUUUGCUGGUGAAUUCUCACUCCGACAACCAAAGCCUACAGAAGAGCAGGCAACUGGCAUGAUUGAUCUGGAAUCUGACAUGGCUGAGCAAGAUGCUGAGGAAGCUUUCAACUGUGGAGCAUCCAAUUUUGUGGGACCAGCUUUGCAUAUGAGCAAUGGUGGGUCAUUUAUCAAUUCUUACACAAACCAAUAUUGCAAUGAGCUACUUCAACCAAUUUUCAAGGGCCAGGGAUUCUUACCAUCCUACUCUCAUGAGCACAGACAACCGACAUUACAAUUUUUGGCAACAAAUGAUGGAGCACUGGAAACUGGUCAUCUUCCUAGGCAUUUCCAGGAGCAGCAGCAGCUGCUGGAGCAGAGGGAGAUGAGAGAGAAGGAGCUUUACAUGCAACAGGUCAUCCAGAAGAGCAUGCAUUCCAGUGGAAAUAGAAACCUUCCUCCAAGCAGAGAACAUUUCUCUCCUGUCCAUGUGCAGGACUGGGACAUUGAUCCUGUACGCAUAUCAACCCCCAUCCAGUCUCACUUGGCUGGUGAGGGAUUGCUGGGACAGAAUUGCUUUCAGGAUGAGCAUCAGACUCAUGGUGGCUGGUCUGGUGCGGUUGUUUCUACCUCCCCAGGCCUGUGCCUGGGAAACGGAAGCAGUGCAGAUGAGAGCCUUUUUAGUGUUCUGUCCCAGUGCAACAAAUUACAGACCCGUUUUUACAAUGAUAUGAGACUCACAGAGCAGUAUACUCCUGGAAGGGACUUCAUGGAUGGGGGAAUUGUGGGAAGCAGUGAUGUAUUCCCGCAAACGGCUCACCAAUUCAACUACUUGAGUAGUCAUGAAGCAACUGCUAAUGCUGCAUUGAGAGUAAACAAUAUGUCGUGGAUGAAUGCACAAGGUCAGAUUGCUGGUAUAGAUGAUUCAAUCCAGAAAUCAUCAUUUUUUAAGUCCUGGGAUCAAUAGCGAGGAUCCCUUGUACCCCGUAAUUAGUUUUCCGGUGCAUGAAUGUGAUUGAACGCAACAUAAGCAAAGUUGAACAAUAAUGUGAGGGCAUGCAGUAGAGAGCUUCUUGUGUAGCCCAUCAUUUGGGUUUCAAACAAUGACUCAAGGAGUAUGUGAGAGCAAGCAGCCCGGUGGCUUUGUAACUGAUCAUUCUUUGGGUAGAUGGUGAAGCAGAGAGUGAGUGGUAGAGAAGCUGAAGAUGCAAAGCAUGGACGGCAAAGUUUUGUACAUAUUCAAACAAGACACGGCCCAACUCGGUGUACAUAUUUAGAGGGCGCGGCUGAGGAAAAGUUAUGGUCAUGAUGGAAGGAAUAAAGGUGAUCUCAAUCUGCAUCACACUUGAGAGAUUGAGAAGGGCUUUCGAUUUUGAACUAGUGGUAAGAGUUAUACCUACCAGAAGGAGUAGAACAGAGGGUUAAUGCAUGGACAUAUCUAAUCUAAUUUAAUCCAGUCUGGAUGAUUACUCUGGUUUCCUUCUUUCUUUUUUUUGACCUUUGUGAAUAAUUUAUUUAUUUAUUUUCCUUUCCUUUCAUGAGAACAAUUUCUCUAAUUUUGAAAAAGAAAAUUACUCGCAUGUGAAAGAUUGGAUUCUUGUUUAUCAA